CCCGCCAGCUCCGGCAGCACCGCGCUGGGCGCGGCCUGGGCGGGCACCGCGGCCGGGAGGCGGGGCGGGCAGCGCGCGGAGGCGGCGCAGUGGGGCCAUGGCGGCACCCGGCGCGCUGCUGGUGAUGGGCGUGAGCGGCUCCGGGAAAUCGAGUGUGGGCUCCCUGCUGGCAUCCGAGCUUGGAUGGAAAUUCUAUGAUGCAGAUGACUAUCAUCCAGAGGAGAAUCGAAUCAAGAUGAGCAAUGGGAUACCGCUGAAUGACCAGGACAGAAUUCCAUGGCUUUGCAAAUUGCACGACAUUUUACUAAGAGAUGUUACUUCAGGACAACAUGUAGUCCUAGCCUGUUCGGCUCUCAAGAAAAUGUACAGAGACAUCUUAAUUGGAGUAAAAGAUGGUGUACCUCAGAAGUGUGAAGAGUCAGGAAAGGAAGGAACACUGACUACUGUGGAACUCUUGGUGGUCUAUCUGAGUGGGACAUGUGAGAUCAUCUCAGGACGCUUACUCAAAAGAAAAGGACAUUUUAUGCCCCCCGAGUUACUGCAGUCCCAGUUUGAUGCUCUGGAACCCCCAUCAGCUCCAGAAAAUUUCAUCCAAAUCAACGUGGACAAAAGUCUUUCAGAAAUAGUUUCUACAAUUAUGGAAGCUCUCAAGUGAAAGGAUAAAUUUCAAGUGAUCCAGAACUGUUAAGCAUAAAUUUCUAAAUCUUGUUUAAAAUUUUUAUUUUUCCCUUUUAUCAGAGAAGUUGAGAAGGUAAGGGGAGAUAGGGACAGCGUGAGAUGUCUGCAGACCUGUUUCACCACUUGGUGGAGCAACACCCCCCUCCCCCCCGUGGGGAACUGGUGGCUUGAACCCAGAUCCUUGAUCUAUGUGCACUUAACCUGGUGCGCCACUGCCUGGCCUCCAAAAUUUCUAAAUCUCUACCCUACCUCAACCGUGUUUGACUAACCUUGUUCAUGUAUUCUAAAUACUAAAGUGGCCAACACAACGUGCUGAGAUAUGCCUACUUCUGUGUGUAUCUUAAGAGCAGCUACUGUGGUGCUCUUACUAUCAUUAGUAGGAGAAGAAUGUUCAAAGUAAAGUUUUUUAAGUUCCAAUUCAUGUGACCCAAUCAGAUGACCAGCGGAAAUUUAUAAUCAAUCCUAUAGAAGUCUUAUUUAGGAUAUUCUUGAUCAUGCCUAUAUUUAGACAAAUAGAUGAAACUUGACUAUCCUUGGCAUCUGCUGGACAGUAAUCCAGACACAUGUACAAAAUGAAAAUCACUCACCACCAAGUCAUCUCAUACAACUUCUAUUCUCUCUCCUUGGGUCAUUGAAGAUAAACAAUAGUAAUAGAUAAGGGAAAAAGUUCACAGAUAGGCUUAAAAAAUGCAAAGGCACAACUUAGUGAACAAAGUGUGUAUUUUAACUAAUCCAGAUUGUCUCCUCAUGUCUCCGUGAGAUUAGGUUGCCCUCCUAUUGCAAAAGUCAUCAGUGCUGGUCACUGGGAGAUGUCCUGGGCAAGAAGAAGCAGAUAUCACCAACACAAAAAUAGACCUUCCAGUGUGGUAGCAGCAGCAGCAGCGCUGGGCAAGGUGAUGGAGGAGGAAGUUGGAGGCUAGUGAAUUUCUGGUACACAGUCCACCCUCUACAGAAGCAGAAUCUGACCAGCAUGGGUUGGGUUGGACCUUUUCCCCAGAAAGCCUCCAGAAGCAGUUUCCUUAUCUUUCUAUCCUAACCAGGGUCCCAAGGCUAGCCACUCUGUGCAUUGAUUGGUUAUAAAAUGUUUUGGAACUAGUUACUGUUUUCCUUCACAAAGGCAUACAUUUUUUGUAGAGACAGGAACUACAAAUAGAGGAGUAAUGGAAUGAAAUAGCCCUUCUGCGUGGUGAACCUGGCCUAAAAAAAUGGAGCUCCAGGGAUCAGAAGAGAGCUCAUCCGGCACAUCUUGCCAUUCAUAGAGCUCAGGUUUGAGCCUUAGUACCACGCUGGAGCACCAUGACCCUAUUUCUCUAUCUGAAAUAAACAUAAUGGAAAGGUCA